AUGGCGAUGGCGAUGGCGGCGGCGCGGUCGCUGCGGGCCGCGGGCGGCCCCGGCAGCAGCAGCAGCAGCAGCUUGGCGCUGCUCCCGCGCCGCUCGUUUUGUUUCCUAGAGCGUUACAGCGAUAUAGACGUCGCCUACAUCGCCGCUGUUCUUCAGCGAGCAGAAAAAGACAGAGAAGAAAUGGAGCACCUGAUCCGCCUGACACUGAAAUUCCUCGCGGAGCGCUGCGGCCCCGCUCUUCCUCCCUCCUACACCCCUGAAACGUUCAAACUGAAGGGAAGCCUGGAAAGGCUGCAGCAAAGCCUGACAGGGGAACGGGGGGCUGCAGCCCCACUCAGCCAGAGCCCCAGCCGCGGUAUGAGGCUCCUGGCCUCGCUUUUCUCUUCUUCUUCUUCACCAAACCUCCUCAACCCUCCUCUUUCUUACCCUAAUCCUUGCCCUAUACGUAAGCCAGACACCGCUAAGAAUUUAGACGUUUUCUUUUAUUUUGGUCUCUGUGCUAAAGAGCUGAGUCUUGCUGAGCUGCUGCGUGGCACGGAGGUGAAGGACUGCAGCCGGGAGCCUGUGCUGCUGCAGGACAGCCUGAAACAGUCUAACCCGCCGCUGAUAGAAGAAAUUUCCUGUCCAGAGGUGCCAGAGGAGCUAAGUACACCCGUCUAUGAAAUGCUCACGGUGAAGGAUGCAAACAAGAAACCACAAACGAUAGAGCUGAAAAUUGAAUUGCCCAAAGUUAGCUCUGUUUCUGAGUGUGAUCUGAGUAUUUCCAAGGAAAGAAAACAGAAAGACGAUACAAUCAUUGAGAUCUCUGGCAAAUACAAACUAGAGCUACAUCUACCACAACUGGUGGACAAAGAAACGACUACAGCAGUAUUUAGCAAAGGAAAAAGGACACUAUAGAAAUAUUAGCCCCACUGAACUUGGAGGAAAAAAAAUAAACAUUCAAGAAAUACUUGGAUAUGUUGACAACUGUAGAAUUUAAGAAAUUUAAACUCGUAUGAGCUUUACUACAUCAUUCCGUUUUGCCUUUGUAUACAUCAAAGGCAGGUUUUGUUUUGUUUGUUUGUUUGUUUGUUUGAAAAUAAAUGCUCUUUCAGUACUGUGUGGCUAGAAUAGCUCUCAUAUUUGUAGCUUUGUAGCUUUUCAGUAGUUACUAGAUAUACU